AUGGCCCAGCCCUCGUGGCCAUGCUCACGUCUCCCAUUCCUGGGCAAGCCCUUCUCGGGGAUGAAAGAAUGCGUGCAAUAUUGCUCGUCUCUAUCACAGACGCCAGAGCUAAGUUCAGCCAAGGAUGCAUUCCCUUCGGUCAGUGGGUGGAGGAGGGUUUGUAGGUGA